UUACUCGCCAAGACGAAUUUAUAUUCGACCUGUGUACGUUUAUACUGUUUAGCUGGCUAGCUUCUAAUCGAAAUUGGCCACAUUGCGCAUGCGUAAUGUUGCACAUCGAAGUCGGUUUAUGUUCGUGUUUACUUCAGCCCUCUAAUAGUUACUAGCUACCCUGUCUGCCAUGUAGCUCUUGUGCUUUACCAAAAAAAGACAAAUGCUUGACCAAGCGGACUCUCUGGAGCUCUGGCUGACACAGGUAGUUAAACCCGUCGUCUAGUUUAGUCAGACCGCGUCUAAGCGAACACGGAAGUGAGUGCGUUGGCGUCUCUCGCUUCAGUGGCGUCUUCUUUUCUGAUGAACCAGUAACAUCAGUGUCGUGAAUAUCAAAGGUUCCUGGUGUGGCGUGAAAUUAUACGGUAUAAUGCCGUUCACGCAGAGAUCAAGGGUUACAAAUGAGAAGAGUGACAAGUGAAGGAGCUCUGAUCCACCAUGGGAAACACACCGUCUAAGAGUGGCAGCGACGAGGAGCCGGUCAAAACAACUUUGUUUGAAAGGGAGCCAAGUGGGAUAACCUACAGAAUCCCUGCUCUCAUUUAUCUGAGGCACAGUCGCACCUUCCUCGCCUUUGCAGAGAAAAGGUCCUCGCCCUCUGACCAAGAUGUCAAAAUUCUAGUGAUGAGAAGAGGAACACUGAAAGAUGAUGGAUCUGUUCAGUGGUCGUCCAGUCAGGAGCUGUCAACAGCAUGUUUGCCACACCACCGCACUAUGAAUCCUUGCCCUGUGUAUGAAAAAAACAGCAAAACUCUGUUUUUGUUUUUCAUCUGUGUCUGGGGGACCACCACAGAGACUAGGCAGAUUAUCACAGGUAAGAACAAGGCCCGUCUUUGCUGUGUUAGCAGUAGCGAUGACGGGCAAACCUGGAGUCAAACGAAAGACUUAACCGAAAGCGUGAUUGGUGAAACUAUCCAUAAGUGGGCCACAUUCGCCGUGGGUCCAGGCCACGGUGUUCAGCUGGAGAACGGCAGAUUGAUCAUCCCAGCGUACGCCUAUUAUGUCCCGUACAGAUGUUCUUCCUUCCCCAUUCCUUUCACAGUCUACCCACGUGCUCUGUCAAUAUAUAGUCAGGACUUUGGCCAGACGUGGCGUAUUGGUAAGAUGCUUAGAAAAAAGUCAUGUGAGUGUGAAAUGGCCGAGAUCAUAGAUCACGAAGGCAGGAGUCACCUCUACUGCAAUGCUCGUAACAUUGGAGGCUUCAGGUGCGAGGCCCUCAGUGAAAACAGCGGCGUGUAUUUUGACAAACCCCACAUUGCUCGAGAGCUCGUUGAACCGCCUUCAGGCUGUCAAGGCAGCGUCAUUGGCUUCCCUGCUCCUGAAUUUGUCCCCAAUGAUGACGCCGAAAGCAAAGCCUGUGGAACAUCGCUUCUGUCUCCAGACACCCAAACCUGGCUCCUCUUCAUCCACCCAACUAACCAGUCGAGGAGGAGGGACAUGGGCGUGUAUUUGAACCGAUCCCCCCUGCACUCAUCGGGAUGGGACAAGCCCAGGAUCAUCCACAGGGGACCCAGUGGCUACUCAGACCUGGCUUACAACGGAGACAAGGAUCAGUUUUCGUGCUUGAUGGAGUGCGGGAAGGAGAGUGAACUUGAGCAGAUUGCGUUCAUGUCGUUUACCCUUAAUGAUGUCAUGCAGACGGGCAGCAAGAAAGAAAAGAAGAUGCGCUGAAUUGUGGUUGCUUUAUUUCUGUAUUAACAAAGCUCUCUAACGUUCUCCUACAACCUAAAAGUCCGAGCAAAAGCCACUAAAUAUGCUGUGCAGUAACAUUUGUCUGUGUUUACUGUUGUUCUACAUUCUGGAGAUGAUAAUGCAUGCAUGAGUCGUGUGUUUUCUUGUCUCCUUGUUUACAUGAAAAUUCAAGUCUUGAUAGUAUCAAUAUGCAAGCAGCUGUGAAAGGAAGGAAACAAUUUUUAAGAGGCUGGGCGGCUGAUUUCAAGCAUGCUGUGCUGGACUGUCAUCUUUGAAACAGGCUUUGUGUGUAGCAUGCUUGACAAGUACUUCACACUCAUUUCUGCAUCUUAUUAAACUCAGUGUUUUCUGAGCCGUGGAGAGAAUUUGCCUACCUCUUUUUAUUUUCAUAUGAAGAUCAUAGCAGGCCUUGUAAAGCAGAGCGUAGAGUUUCCUCCAUGCUCAGUCUCUCCUUUACGUUUAGUAUACUCUGAUUCACAUAUGCCUUCUACUCCACGGUUUAAACUGAAGCUGUGCCACAGCCUGUCAACACUCAGCCUUGUCUGUAGGUCACAAAACUGGACGGAAGAGAUAAACAUUCACUUUUUACUUCUCACACCCAGCUAAUCAAUGAAGAGACCAACCGAACUGUACGAGUUUUUCAAAGUUGAUGGAUUGCUAGAUACUGCGAUCAAGAGUAUUUGGGCAACUUUGUACUGUACAUUGAAUUUUUAUUACUGUCAUUUCCAAAAGCAAUAUGUCACUGGAAACAUUCCUUACUUUCCACUUUCCAGCACACUUAUGAUUCCCCCCCCAGGGAUUAUUAAUUAAGCGCAGCAUUGUGACCAGAUGUGAUUGGCUGGCUGUUGGGUAUCAAAUGAAAGCAUGUAAGAGCAUGUAACAGCAGAUGAAGACUCACCAUUUAUAAAGCCACUAGAAAUUUGCACACACAAAACCUUGUACUGAGUGACUUUAACAUCCUUCGUUGCCUAAUGUUGUGUGGCAAAAUGCCUCCAGGUGGCUCUACACCAGUUUCAUUGUGUUUUUGUUGACUGUUGUGGAAAGUGACAAAACCUGCAUGGAACAUGUAUUUUAGUAGAAAAUAAAAGUAAGCUGUGAU